AGUUGCUCCAGCAGUCCCAACGGGGGUACUCACCCUUCUCCAAGAUAUACAUCUCUCCACAGAAGUUCAUCUGUUCCCAACCCACCCAACUAAAUAGGAGAAAGAAGGACAAAGACAAUGGAGGAAGUGUUGCAUAACAGAACAAUUGGCUGGCGCCUAGCAUGGGGGGAUUAGGCCCACAGAAACAAACUCGCUGAGCUCACCAACCCACACACAGAAAAGAAAUCACCCCAUCAUCAAACAGAGAGAGAGAGAGAGACAGACAGACAGAAAGAGGAGAGAGGAGUACACUUCUUUCUCAAAUACAAGAAGUCUUUUUCAUAACUUGUGUCAGUGUGUGUCCAGUUCUGAAACUUUACAAGGUGACGACAAAAUUAAGCUGUUAGACAAAUUCCAGACUGUGAAUUGAAGGACAUAAAACCUGAUGAAAGAUAAAAUCACAUUUGAUGAACACUAAGCCAAACUUUCACAUACCAGACUUGAAAGCUUAGAUUGGCAUAUUUUCCACUAUUUUUCAUUGGAUAAUGCUAUGAUAUUUUUCAUAAAAGACUUCAAUUAGUGCCAGUAGAAGUUCGUUACAGUUUUGUUUUAAUUUGCAAACUGCAUUAGCCUGCUGCCACUGUACACUUAUGUUGUGUUAAAAUUGACAGAACAAAAUCGCAUUUGUCAAUGUAAUUUAACACCAAAGCCAAACCUUCAGGCACCAAAAUUGAAGACGAAUUUCCAAACAUACACUGAAUUUAUAUAUUUUUUCAUAAAAUCCAAGUUAUUUUGUUGCCAAUAGAAGUUUGUUUUUUCUCAAGUGCUUAUGCAAUCCAUAUGCUGUGUUAAAACUCUGGCAACCGUGCUUUUUUUCUUCUUCUUUUUUUUUUUUGAGUAAUAUGCCAGCAAAACUGUACCAAUUAAAAUUUAAGUUUCAUGGUUGAGUGAUACUGUUAGCCUAAUAAUUGUAGCUUAAAAACAUGUUACAAAAAUCAUAUGUGGAAUACAUACUUUUGUCAAUGUCAAUAUCUGCUUAAUAACUUCACUGUAAAAAAUGAAUGUGAUUUUAACAGUAAAAUAUUGUAAAAACGUUACGGAAAAAAAAUGUAAAUAGGUUAACAGUAAGUUCCAGUACUAUAUACAGGGAAAAACUGUAAAAGCUCUUACCAGACAUUUUAUGUAAUUUUCACAGUAAAAUGCUGUAAAUUUUUACAAUUUUUAGAAGUAAAAAAGAACAAAUCAAUGUAUAAUUUACAGUCAAAAACUGUGAACUGAUAUUCCCACAAUUCCCUGUGUGACACUCCACAUUUGAAAGUAUUUUGUUUAAAAAAUCAUGUUUCUUAAUAGUCUUUGUUAUCAGUUAUGUACAUUAGGGUUUUAUGUUACAUCUUCUGUUGUUUAAUGAAUGUUUAUUGCAUUAUAUAAGUGUUGUGGGUUACCAUGAUGUUGUUUUGCGUUUGCGUGAAUGACUCUUUGCACCCUCUUUACAUUAGUAUUUACUUCAGCCAGUGGACAAGCUAUUUGUGAUGAACUCUGAUUCUUCAUGUGGCUUUCUCUUUUACCACCUGCAUUAUUAUGGUGGUUGUCAGUAUAUGUUAAAGGUACAAAACAGAUUUUACUAGUAGUGUGCAUUGUUGAAUUUACUUGUUUACAUUCAAAUUUUCUUGUUUGUAAAUUACAGUUUUAUACUGUAAAAUUGACAGUUUGUUCUGUAAAUGUGUUUACAGUUUUUUUUCUGUAUUUUUUACAAAAUUAUUCUGGCAACCACAGCUGCCAAAAUUAUUUUGUAAAAACUACGGAAUAUUUUUUACAGUGUUGCUUAAUUAUGUAACAAUGUGAGGUCCAUAAAGUCCUACUGUUUCAAUUACUGUUUUUUUUUUUUUUUUUUAAAUAGUAGCUAUUAAAACUGCAUUAUGAAUGACAUCUCACCUUAACACUUCUGUGGGUCAUAUAAGGUGAGGACAAUGAUGAGCAGCCAUAAUGUGACACAUGUUAACAACACUACAUCCUACAGUCUGGAUAGAGAAGUUGGUGAAUUUUGACUAUAGUAAACUUGGUUAUAAAGGAAGAAGAUUUGUCUGUAUUACAGAAACUUCCUAUCUUAAUUUUUACUUAAGAUUUGAAAAAGUUGUAUUUCUGAAAGUGAAUUACUAUGGUUAGCCUACUAAACAGAUAGAAUUGGAUUCUAAGGUAUGAUAUCAACAAUCCCAAAACUUACAGGAGGGCCUACAGUAUAUUUUUUAAACCUUAAGGUGAAAAAAACAAACAAACAUAGAAACUGCAUAAAUCAGUAUUUUGGGUAUGACUAUUCCCAAAUAUAGUUGCAUCUGUUAUAUUAUAUUUGCCAAAACUGAGCUUUCUGAAGAUUUCUAAGCUGUCGUGACCUUAAGACAGCAGACAAACUACAGAUAUGUUUCUGGGAGGUUUGAAAGAGAGGACGUUCACCCAUGCAGUGGGUCAAAUCCCUGUAUUCUCCACCUAUAGGCCGCUCAUUGUGUACCAUACGAUGCACAGUGCUGACCGAUAGGAAUACAGCCGCUUGAGCUCCAUUGUGCGGUUCAAUGUGUCUGCAUUCACACGCAGCACGGGCGCGCGCGCGCGCUCACGGCUUGAUCAAAUCCAGUGCGCUGACGGUGCAAAAUACUCCACUACCCUGGACUCACAAUAAAGAGAAUGAUCUCACAAACACACCCAAACACGCACACACACUCCCUUACAGGUCCUUCUGUCAGUUUCAGCGUCGCGACGUGCACCCAGCUGUGAUGGUCGCUAUAAAAUAGAAGCGCCAAAUAAUCAAAAAACUCCUCGCAAAACGGGACUGACGAGCAUCACUGUAAAAUAGGACAGGUGGAGAUUCAGGAAAGAAGAUGAACAAAGUUACCAAGAUCCAAACAAACCCAUCAACGUCUGGCAUAGUCAUGGCUCCUUGCUUUAAGGUGACCGUGUUCGAGCAGGAGCAUUUCCAAGGCAAGUGUCAGGAACUCACCUCAGAGUGCCGCAACAUCCAGGAGCGUGGGUUUGACAACAUCCGUUCUAUCCGUGUGGAGAGCGGCGCCUGGGUGGGAUAUGAGCACCACGACUUCCAGGGGCAGCAGUUUGUCCUGGAAAAAGGAGAAUAUCCCCAUUGGGAUGCCUACACCGGCAGUCUGGGCUACCAUGUGGAAAGGAUGAUGUCCCUGCGCCCCAUCUGCAGCGCUGCCCACCAGAGCAGCCGCAUGGUCAUCUAUGAGAAGGAGAACUUCCUGGGCCGCAGUGUAGAGCUGUGUGACGAUUACCCGUCUCUGCAGGCCAUGGGCUGGUGCGACAAGCAAGUGGGCUCCAUGCAUGUGCAGUGUGGCGCCUUCGUGUGUUACGAGUACCCUGGCUAUCGAGGACAGCAGUACGUUAUGGAGUGUGACAGGCACAGCGGAGACUACCAGCACUGGAAGGACUGGGGCUCCCACUGCCAGACCCCUCAGAUCCAGUCCAUCCGCCGAAUCCAACAUUAAUGCCUAAGGAAAAAAUGGAAGUAAAUGGAGGGUGUGCAGAGUGAGGAAGCAGAGGAGCCGCAUCAAUCAUUCUAGCAGCAGUCACUUUAUGAGGUGCAGUGUGGCAAAUUGUAAAACCUUCAUUGGAUGCAAGUAGUUUCCACUUGUGGUGCUCUAGUACAACACAAACAAAAAAAAAUUCUAAUGUCAUGCAUAUACAGACACACAUCAAUGCUCUUUUGUGAAAAGGCACAACUCAUAUUCAGAAGUGCACAUCCCCACACAUGAUCCAAGGUAAAGCAGUAGCAGAUAUAUACAAUAUUCUAUUCAAAACAAGCACAUUGGAGGACACCAGGGAGUGAAGAUCAGUAAAUCAAAGAAAGAUGUAUAUCUUUAUAUGCAAACAUGUCAUGCUGUGUGACAUUUAAAUGCCAUAUAGGGACAGAUGGGAGUUUGUUAAACCAUUCGGAAGAGAGGAGGAUGAUGGGUGAUUAAUAAAUGCAUACUCACCUCAAACUAGCAUAUAUGGCCUUUUUGUCUGUUUGUGUGUAAUCUGAGGGCAUGUAAGUGGACACUAACCAACUGUAAAUGAUUGUAACUGCUUAGUAUAAUAAAAAAAAAAAAAAAUCAGAAAAAUGAUAAUCUUCAUAUUAUAUAGUCUUAUUAUAAAAUGGAUACAAUACAUGCUAAAAACUAGAGAUGCACCGAUGUAUCGGCUAACAAUCGGUAUCGGACGAUAAAAGCUAUUAUUAUUACUAUCGGCCAUCGGCCGAUUGUUUAAAAACUGCCGAUGAUCAGGGCCGAUUAUAUCCUGUCAAUCAAAAGGGGGUGGAAAAACAUGUUCAGACUGCAACUCAUACAUACUGUGUGUGAAGAUCGCUCUUGUGUUGAAUUUUAAUACAUUAAGAGUUCAAAAAUAGUGACGUUAAAGCAGGCUCUUUUUGACCCUAUGAAUCACCCGUAGUUCAAGCCAGGGAUGCCAGGUCUGCGUUUUUUUUCCUACAUCAAAUAUUAGUUGUAGCGCCUGCCAUCCAAUAAUCGCAAAAAAGAUUUGUGCUUCAUUACUUCUGAUAAGAAUUAAAGUUUCAGUUUUCAAAUUCUGUCCUUUCAUGAAAUUCAAACAAUAAAUGGCGUUUUGACGCUCUUAAAUGUGACGUCUCAGAUCGCUGUAAUGCCUCAGUUCAGGCGGCAGCUCGGAGCGCUUCUUCCUCUUCAAUAGUUAUAUCUCGAAAAACAUGAAUGAACAUCAAAGGUAUGUUGAAAUAUAUUGUACAACUUACCAGAAUGUAUCAUGUCAUCAUCAUUUUCGUAUGUUUACUAUAUUUAUCAUGCUUUAGUUUCAUUAGUAUAUCACACAUUUGGCAAAUCAUUUCAGCUGUGUGUUAUAGUUUUUCUGACAGCUAGAUGGUUCCAGAGCAUUACUUUUAGCAUUUACCUAGUUGUCAUCAUUUGGAUUUAAUUUUUCUUAAAGGGAUAGUUCACUCAAAAAUGAAAAGUCUGUCAUCAUUUACAGAUUUGUUAAUUUGUUCCAAACCUGUAUGAAUUUCUUUCUUCUGGUGAACACAAAAGAAUUUAUUUUGAAGAAUAUGGGUAACCAAACAGUUGAUGGGCCCCAUUGACUUCCACAGUAUGGAAAAAAAUUAUUAUGGAAGUCAAUGGCCCAUCAACUUUUUUAUAAAUGCAGCUCAAGUUUUUUCAGAUUCUAAAAAAAAAAAAAACAUUUUUUUUUUUUUUUCCAUUCCAAAGCCUUGCAUUUCAUGUACUUCUUUAAAUUUGAGUGCUGCAUAAUGCUAUGUAAUGUGCGAGACACUGCAAAAGACACGAGACCGAAGAGCAACGACCAAAAAAGACAUAAAAAUCAUAAAAAAACAAUGGAAAAGCAGCAGUGAAAUGCAAAAACAUGUUUUCUGUUAACAGCCCCUAAGAAUAUAAAUGCAUUAAGCACCUACAUCUAAUGCAAAUGAAAGAGAAACAUACUGAAAUAUCACACGUGAAUAACUACACCAAAUUUAAGUAUUAUCUUUUGAAUCAUUCACAUUAUAGCUUUUUAUACAUUGCUUAAUACAUUCUAAAAUCAGCAUUUUAAAAUCACAUAGAAUCUUCUUUAUUACAGUAUUAGUUUUAUAGUUUUAUAAUGUCAUAUAUGAAAAUGAAA